UCGUUAUACUUUGUUGACUCAGAUCCACAGAAAACCCUCUCAGAGUCGCUGGAGUGGUAGAGCUGUUCCCAGUGGCGUGUCAGCUGGAAAUUAUUGGACGAGGCAACUUUUGACUUUCAUCCGAAAGUGAUCUGAUUUUAUUUCUUGAAAUAUUCGCUGUUUCCUGCCUGCAAAUGGCUUCUUCUGAUGUGGCUCGACAGAUGGACAAGAACGCCCGUCCUCUGGCUCUAUCAGGACACGUUGGGUUCGACAGUCUGCCCGAUCAACUGGUCAACAAGUCCACUAGUCAGGGAUUCUGCUUCAACAUCCUGUGCAUCGGUGAAACUGGGAUCGGUAAAUCCACGCUGAUGGACACGCUCUUCAACACCAACUUCGAGAACUUCGAGUCGUCUCAUUUUGAGCCGAAGGUGAAGCUGCGAGCGCAGACGUACGAUCUCCAGGAGAGUAACGUUCGUCUGAAGCUCACUGUGGUGAACACCGUCGGCUUCGGCGAUCAGAUGAACAAACAAGAGAGUUACCAGCACAUCGUGGAUUACAUCGACACACAGUUCGAGUCGUAUUUACAGGAGGAGCUGAAGAUCAAGCGCUCGCUCCAUAACUAUCACGACUCCAGGAUCCACGCGUGUCUCUACUUCAUCGCUCCGUCCGGACACUCGCUCAAAUCCCUGGACCUGGUCACCAUGAAGAAACUGGACAGCAAGGUCAACAUCAUCCCCGUCAUCGCUAAAGCCGACACCAUCUCCAAGAGCGAGCUGCACAAGUUCAAGAUCAAGAUCAUGAGCGAGCUGGUGAGCAACGGCGUGCAGAUCUACCAGUUCCCCAUCGACGACGAGAGCGUGGCCAAGAUCAACACCGCCAUGAACGGUCACCUUCCCUUCGCUGUGGUGGGCAGCACGGAGGAAGUGAGCGUCGGGAACAAGAUGGUGAAGGCCAGGCAGUACCCAUGGGGCGUCGUUCAGGUGGAGAACGAGAGCCACUGUGACUUCGUGAAGCUGCGUGAGAUGCUGAUCUGUGUGAACAUGGAGGACCUGCGCGAGCAGACGCACAGCAGACACUACGAGCUCUACAGACGCUGUAAGCUGGAGGAGAUGGGCUUCAGAGACACCGACCCCGAGAGCAAACCCGUCAGUCUUCAGCAGACGUACGAGGAGAAGCGGCAGGAGUUUGUGGGAGAGCUGCAGAGACGAGAGGAGGAGAUGAGACAGACGUUUGUGCAGAGAGUCAAAGAGAAAGAGUCCGAGCUGAAGGACGCCGAGCGAGAGCUGCAGGGGAAGUUCGAGCAGCUGAAGCGGAUGCAUGCGGAGGAGAAGAGCAAGCUGGAGGAGAAGCGCAGGAGUCUGGAGGAGGAGAUGAGUGUCUUCAGUAAGCGCAGAGCUGCCAGCGAACUCCUGCAGGCGCAGACCUUCAACACCAGCAGCAACAACAAGAAGGACAAGGACCGCAAGAACUGAUGUGUGUGGUUCUUCAGCUCUGGAUUCAUGUGAAGGCGAGACAGAAACAGCAUUACGGUACUGUAUCACGGACACCUCUGAAGAACUUCACUUCGGUGCCUAAAUACCAAUGGUUUCUUAUGAGCACAAUGCAGAUGUUUAUCACAGAAUAUCCUCUUUUGAGAACGUUAUCUACUAUUUUUACUGGCAAGUGUAUGAUUAUUCUGCUGGAGACUUGUGUUUUUAUGGUUGUGGAGGGCUAAAAACAUUAAUCGGAAAUAUACUAUAGUAGUCUACCACGAAUGUUUACCGUAUUGCAUUUUUCACAUUUUAUACUCAUGUUACAUGUAUUUAAACAGUGUUUUGGGUGAUGUUUUAACCAAAUAAACUUGUAUUUUUCUGCA